CCGACAGCCUUCAGAUAGACGGAGGUUACUUUGCAUAACGUUAGUGCUUCGUCGUCCAUGCUACGCCUGCCUCUCCCUACCCAGCCGUUCUCUCUCUGCUCUCUGCUCUCCUGACACCUCUUUGUCACUGCAAGUAAGGAAUAAGGCUAAUGUUACUUUUGGAAUUAAAGUGCGCUUCAAAGAGACAAAAUCAUCUAAACCGGUGUUUUAGGUUUACAGUCCACCACACUACGGAUUAACCCGUUAACUCGCUACCCGUGUCAAUUCAAAAUUCUGUCAGUGACCCGGGACUGUACGGAUCAAGCAAAGAAGAGAAGUUACAAAUGAAAAAAUAAUUUGUUUUUAUUGUUUCAACUGGUUGCAUGAAGUGCUAUUAAUAAGCACGCCGUUGAUAGGCCCGCUUUAAGCGGUAUUCAAAUCAAGAAGUUUUGAGGCGUUCCGAGUAAGGAAACAUUAAGAGCUAUAUCCUGACUGUGGGGUCGGUUCCUCUUAUGCGCGGUGGUUACGGUAGUUUCCGUACAUAGCUUUGUUUUCUUCGCAGAUUUGCAGGGGGCGAAUGGCGACAGUUCGGAGAGACUUGGUUGGACUUCGGAAAGCUGUCACCGCUUAGAUCGGCGGCAUGCUGGCUUUCCUACACACGGCUUGUCAUUCCGGACAUCAGAAUACAGCAUCUGUCACCGGAUUCUGUAUUUUCACCGACAGGAGGAGAGGACCGAAGAACACUUUUGUUUUGAUGUAAUAAAUUUUCCUCCACACGCCUUUCCCCGAUUCAACUCGCCGCUAUCAUGACUUCGGUCUGGAAAAGACUGCAACGGGUCGGCAAAAAAGCCUCCAAAUUUCAGUUUGUGGCGUCCUACCAAGAACUGAUCGUUGAGUGCACGAAGAAGUGGCAGCCAGACAAACUGAGGGUGGUGUGGACCAGGAGGAACCGCCGCAUCUGCUCCAAGCUCCAUGGAUGGCAGCCUGGGAUCAAGAAUCCGUACCGGGGGAUGGUGGUGUGGCCGGUGCCGGAGAAUGUGGACAUCACCGUCACGCUCUUCAAGGACCCCCACGCAGACGUGUUUGAAGACAAGGAGUGGACCUUCGUCAUCGAGAAUGAGACUAAGGGCCACCGCAAGGUGCUGGCAUCCGUGGACGUGAACAUGAAGAAGUUUGUCAGUGCCACGCCCACUCAGACGGACCUGACGCUGAAGCUGAAGCCGCUCUCGGUGAAGGUGGUGGAGGCGACGCUGAAGCUGUCCCUGUCCUGUGUAUUCCUGCGAGAGGGCAAGGCCACUGAUGAGGACAUGCAGAGUCUGGCCAGUCUGAUGAGCGUGAAGCCGACUGACAUCGGAAACCUGGACGACUUCAACGAGAGCGAUGAGGAGGAGGACAGGAGGGCCAGCACCGGAGCCAACCUGGCAGCAGCAGCAGCAGUCCCCUUGCCCCCACUGCGGCGUGCUCGUGAACAGGAGGGGAAACCCCCAAUCCCCCCCUCUGGGAAAGUUCCCUCCUCUGCUGUUCCUUUGAAGAACAGCAGUGGGAACGCUGCCCCCCCCCCUGCAGCUGUGCCUAACUCCACCCUCCAAUCACGCCCUCUCCUGCCUGCCCCCCUUGAGCCCUCCGCCCCACCCAUCCCAGCCUCACGCCCCCGACACGCCCGCACGGGCCCCACUGCCCUGCAGCAGGCUCUCCCGCCCCCCAACGUCCCAUCGGUGCCCACCUUACCCCGGGCACACCCUCCGGCACUGCCCAAAAUCUUCCAGCCUUCUGCCGGCUCAGUACCCUUGUCUUUGGCACGGAAACCCCCGGCAGCUCAGACUGGCUCCUCUGCAGACGCUGGUCCCCCAGCUGGCUCUGUGCCCCCCCCUGCAUCCCCCCAGCCUGUCCUGACCACGCCCGCUCUCUCUGGGCCAGCUCCCUCUCCCUCUCACCCCCCCUCUCUGCCCCCUGCCCCUCAGACAGCAUCCCUCUCUGCUGCUCCUUCCAAUGCUCUGAGCCCUCAAGGCGGCCCUGCUGUCUGUACCACCCGCUCCUCCGCUGACCCUCCUCCCACCGGCGAAUCAGCCCCUGCCCCCCUCCAGCCGAAAACCCCCACGACUGCCCCCCCCGAGCCUGCCGCUGCCCCCGCUGGUGUGGGCGGGGUGCCCCCUCGCCCCCAGCCAGCAUCUGCCACUGAGGCCCGCCCUGAUCUCCACAGAGAGCUGAACACGCUGACAGAGGAAGGUUUUCCGGGACCUACAGCUCAGUGUGUGAAACCGACGGAGGAUGUGGCCCCGCCCUCUCUGCAGUCCACGUCCACGCCCCGCCCUCUGAGCAUCGGCCGGCAGGGCGACGCCCACCCCUCCCAGCGCAGCGCCGGCAGCAUCAGCAUCGCCAACCAGCGGCCGCCGCCCACCACAGAUAGACCGCCAUUGGUCAAGCCCAUUCCCACCUUUGCCCCGGGAGUCAAUGAGAAGAGGCGGGAGCCAGAGGCAGCCGUGGGAUUGGAGAAACCGAAGGCUGAUGUGGGUGCCGAAAGCAGGGCCUCGCUGCCGCUGUCACCCCCCGGAGCAGCCAGUGUCCCCGGGUCCCCACCCCCGCGGUCACCUGAGCCGGAGGCCGAGGCCAGGGUGGAGGCCAAGGCCGGGGUGGAGGCAGAGGCCAAGGCCAGGGUAGAGGCCGAGGCCGGGGUGGAGAAGCUGAUGGAGGCCGUGCCCCCUCCCUGGCCCUUCUCCUACUCGGAGCCCCAGUCUCUCCCACCCGAGGCUCCCUGUGCCCCCACCCAAGAGCCCCCAGCCCCAGCCGCUCAAACAUUUGUCGCAGAGAAGCCGCCAUUGGCUGAGGCAGAGCCUGACCUUGAAGAAACAGCCAAUGAGAAGGAGCAGAGGCUCUCCGUGACCUCUGAACCUCAGCCAUCGCCCCUGUCCCAAGACAAGAUGACGUUUGUUGCAGAAAAGCCGCCAUUGGCUGAGCCGGAACCCGACCUUGAAGAAACAGCCAAUGAGAAGGAGGAGUUGCCCGUUCCUCUCUCUGAGUCACAAAUCAAACCCCCAGUCGCAACAGAAAGCCCACUGUUAGAGAACAAAGGCGAUGAGAAGGAGAAGGAGCAGAGCUUUGCCCCUGUGAAGGACGUGAGCGCAGUGGUGGCAGCAGUGGGAUGCGCAGAUGGGGGCUUAGUACUUGGGGGUUCCUCCCUGGAGACCCCUCUUUUCCCAGCCAGGGACAAAGCGGACCGAAAUGUAGAGGUCCCUCUGCAUCCGGAGACCAAGCCUGAGCUCAGCGCUGACCGGGAGUCCCCUCCCACGGCCCAGUGGCCAGAGCUGUACAUAACAGAAUCAGCCGAGGCAGAUGACCAGGAGGGAGAGGCGCUUGAUGCACAGUGCCACCAGGAGGCGCUAGCCUGGGCGGAGAGGCCGAUAUGGGCUGCUCUGGAGGAGAGGCCCAGAGGGCAGGCGGUAGAGCAGGGCGCAGGGCUGGAGGCUGUGAGUGAGGCGGCCGCCCCCGGAGAGAGGCAGCCAGAGCUGCAGGCGGGCUCAGCUCCUGCACAGACAUGCCAGGAGCAGGGCCUUGAAAUAUUGACCACCGAUUUUCAGUCAUCUGGACCAAAAGUGGACAAGGACAGCACAGAAAACCAGCGAAAGUCCCCCUCAGGUGACGCGGAUGUCAGCCUGACAAACCUGACAAAACGCCUUGAGAUUCUGCCGCGUGAAAAGAGCGAGCCGGCGGAGGAGCUGGGGGGAGCUGGAGGUCACGUGACCCCAGCAGCGGGAAGCCCAGAGAUCUCUGCGCCCUCUGAAAGGCUUUCAUUGGCUGAACGUGACGGGCGUGCUGAGAAGCACCUCAGUGACAAAUCACAGGACACAUCAAAACUGCGCCGCCCCCUGUCUGAGGUGGAGAGGCCGCUGUGGGCGGCGCUAGAGGAGAAUGUUGUGGAGAGUGGGAGGGAGGCCGUGGGGAGGCGGGGCACAGCAGCAGAAGAGGGCCUGCACGUGGGUGCCGUCGACAGCCGGCCAGUAAGGGAGCCCGUGCCAGAGGUGGUCCAAGCGGUGGAGAAGCCAGCGGAGAUAUCCUCUCCAUCUCCCCCCCGGGACGAAAGAGAUGGCGAUGGAGGCCCCUCUCAGAGGAGCCCGAUCGCCCCUUGUCCAGCACCUCCCCCCGAAUCCCCGGUCAGUCCUCCCGAGCCUUUGGCUCAGACACAGAGCCCCCACAAAGGUGAGAAACCCCCACGGGCUGAGGCUGACUUUGAGACAGAGGUCAGGAGCGAUACCCUGCCCACUGCAGGCCCAGAGAAGAGUGGGGGUCAGCAAUCAGUCCCCCCAGAGGAAGGAAUCAAAGAGCAGGAGUCAGAGCAGGCCCCUGGAGGGGAGGUGCUGGAGGUGGGGGAGCAGCAGGGGGCUGAGGUCCCUGUGGCCCCAGAGCAGGAGAAGGAGACAGCGGGCUUCAUGAGGGCCCUAGUGGGGGUCCUGCACCGAGGCUCUGAAACCGGGAAACAGGAGUCCUCUGAUCUGCCUAUCCCGGCUCGGCGUGUCAAGAAACGGCCCGCCCCCUUACCUGGAGACACACCUGCUCCGACCGCAGGCGCGGCUGACACCAGCCCUGCCCCCUCCCAGCCCAACGGACAGCCCCCUCCCGGCCAGGACGCAGCCCCUGUCCCAGCGCCAAACGCACUGGCGCCCCCCCGACGCACCAAGAAGAAGAUCUACCCCCCUCCCGAGCUCCUGCGGGGAGACGAUCCAGACGACACAGACACAGACAGAUCCGGAGAGGACAUCAUGGACACGGCUGGGCCCGCACCUGAGACCUCUGCUCCCCCCCCCAGCCCGGGACUGGUCACCUCCAGCCAGUCUCUGCUGGAGUGGUGUCAGGAGGUCACUCAGGGCUACAGGGGAGUCAAGGUCACCAACUUCAGCACCUCCUGGCGUAACGGGCUGGCUUUCUGCGCCAUCCUGCACCGCUUCUGUCCCAACAAGAUAGACUAUGAUGCACUGGACCCAUAUGACAUCAAGUUCAACAACAAGAAGGCCUUCGAUGGCUUUGCUGAGCUGGGCAUCUCUCGGCUGCUGGAGCCGCUGGACAUGGUGCUGCUGCCGGUUCCGGACCGGCUCAUCGUGAUGACGUACCUGUGCCAGAUCCGCACGCACUUCACGGGGCAGGAGCUGAGCGUGCUGCAGAUCGAGCGGAACAGCAGCCAGUCCAGCUACGCCGUGGGCGAGCCCCGGGAGGGCGCCGACGCCGCCGCCGCCGCUCGCUACUGCGCCCAGAGGCUGCAGGCCGGCGCCAUCGCCGUGGAGACCAACGGGAAGGCCGCCGAGAAGGAGGCGGAGAAGGACGCCAAGCCCAAUGGGAGCCUGGUGCCCCCGCCCCGGACCAAACGCCUCCUGCGGGCGGAGGAGAGCGGGGAGGCGGCGACCACCCAGCCGGGUGCGGGCGGGUCCCAAACCCCCGUCCCCCCGCCCCGCCCCCACGCCUCCGCCGCCAAGUCCGGCUUCAGCCACGUCAGAGACGCCGACCUGCUGAAGAAGCGCCGCUCGCGUCUGAAGAGCGAGUCCAUGGAGGAGGCAGACAGCCCUGACCAGCACAGCGCCCCCCAGAGGAGUGCCGAGGUAACUGAAGGACAGCUGGACAGUGAAGGAAAGAACGGAUCUGCAGCCGCCAGAGACACGGGAUCAGAUCUGAGGAGCUCAGGCUGCACCCAGGAGCCCCCGGCCGCCAGCGAGGAGGGCAAAGCGGCAGAGGAAGAUCACCUGCGCCUGCAGGACACCAGUCAGUACGUGCUGAGUGAGAUCAAAGCCCUGGAGAGUGAGCAGAAGCACAUCGACAGCAGGGCGGCCGUGGUGGAGCGGAGACUCAGACACCUGAUGGAGACAGGAAGUGACCGGGAGGAGGAGGAGAGGCUGAUCCAGGAAUGGUUCACUCUGGUCAACAAGAAGAACGCGCUCAUCAGGAGACAGGACCACCUGGAGCUGCUGACUCAGGAGCAGGACCUGGAGAGAAGGUUCGAGCUGCUGACCCGGGAGCUGAGGGCCAUGAUGGCCAUCGAGGAGUGGCAGAAGACGGAGGCGCAGCAGCACAGGGAGCAGCUCCUGCUGCAGGAGCUGGUGUCUCUGGUCAAUCAGAGGGACGAGCUGGUGAGAGACAUGGACGCCAAGGAGAGAGGGGCUCUAGAGGAGGACGAGAGGCUGGAGAGAGGUUUGGAGAUGAGGCGCAGGAAGUACAGCCGCAAAGAGAAGUGUGUGCUGCAGUGAGGGCGUCCACCCCCCACCCCCCGUCCCAAUCCUACCCACAAACCCCUCUUCCUGUUUUCAACCAGGAAGUGAUCCCUCUGCCUGCCAAGUGCCAGCAUUCAAGACCUGUUUGUCCUCCCCAGCCAUCGUGAGGCCUGAUUGGGUGACUCCUCAAAAAUCACACUCCUUGACUCUGAGCUGCAGGGCACCCCAACCUCUCACCUCACUCACGUCCCAAGCACGGUUCCCGUGAGUGGCUUUAUGCUGCUCACUGAGGGUCUGUGUCUAAGUUUGGAUUUUUCUUCUCUUUGUCUUCUCUAUCGGGGGCACAGUGGAGGUGCACAGUUUGAAUCCUGGUGUUAAAGGAAUGAGCUGGAGUGUAAUAUGCCAAGGAUUUCACGCUCAGCACAGGGUUACACACCCAGAAACAAAACUCACCUGGCUCUAUGGACCUUAUAUUCCUGCUACGUGCCUCUUUGUGUACAUGGAUAUCAAACAUAAUUUCGAGUGAUAUCAAACGCACAUUUCAAAUGAUAUCAAACCAGUAUCUCAAGUGAUAUCAAAGCCAUUUCAAAUGAUGUUAAACAUACAUUUCAAAUGAUAUCAAACAAAUAUUUCAAAUGAUGUCAGACAUUUCAGUUGAUAUCAAACAGACGUUUUAAAUGAUAUAAAAUACAUUUUUCCAAUGAUAUCAGGCAGACUUUUUCCUGUCUGUGCCUCAGCCUCGGCUCUGAAUCAGUGAUUCAGUAUAUCAGCUGUAUAUCAGUGAGGUCACCCGCUGAUCUGGGGUCAGUGAUUCCACAGGACCUGGUCAUUUGAUGUGAGGGAGGUAUGUUCUGUGGGCAGAGAAAGGAGUUUUUGGUUAUUAGCAGUGUCUCAGCACACAGCUAGCACUGAAGUGCCUCCACGCACCAGGCGUCGUACUGAAUUCCCCGGGAGCCUGUUCUUUCCAUGGACCCUCGACUCGUGAUUCUGUCAGGAAGGAGUGAGUGAAUGCAUGAAUGCAUGGAAGCAUAAAUUAAUAAAUGAAGGAAAUUAAUUUCUGAAUUGGGAGACUGAAGUAGUUUCAUUUAUUCAUCUGUUCACCCGUGACUGACUGUCGAUGAGGAAGUGAUGGUACGUAUCUGCUGUGGGGUUUCUGUCUGUCUCAGAAGGAGCAGGCUUAAAUUCUGCAAUGGGCCACAGGCUGCCCCACCCUGUCCGGGACGAGUGCUGUCACUGCUUAAAGGAUCCAUGCGGGGGAAGGCUUUUCUGUGAUUACGGGAAUACCUGCAGGAUGAAAGUGAACUGCUGGGGGAGCAAACCGCAGCAGUGAGUGUGUGCGGGUUUCGGGAUGGAAGACCGCAGCAGUGAGUGUGUGCGGGUUUCGGGAUGGAAGACCGCAGCAGUGAGUGUGUGCGGGUUUCGGGGUGGAAGACCGCAGCAGUGAGUGUGCGGGUUUCGGGAUGGAAGACUGCAGCAGUGAGUGUGUGCGGGUUUCAGGAUAGAGGACGGCAGCAGUGAGUGUGUGUGGGUUUCGGGAUGGAGGGGUUGUCUUUGCUUUUGGGUUAUUUUAGGCCUGGUUUGUGGCAUGGACCUCCACGGAAGAGUCAGGUUGCACAACUGUGUGUACCUUCAGCUGGAUUUACACCUCGGGGUAUUUUCAGCGAAAGCCCUGGAGUGCUCCUGUGUGUUGCGUUCUGAGAAAUGACUCUCAGCAGCUCCUAUUCACACAACAAAAACACCCAGGCUACAAGCCCAGUGUGCCAGAGUCACUCCGGAAUUCCCAGUCUUUCUCCAGGGAUUGGAAUUCCCAUUUUUAUCUGGUCACAGAACAGACUUCAGAGGAGAACAGAGACCUUAAUGAGCAGAACCUCCAUCCUCCCUUCCAGUGAUGUCCUGAUCUGGACAGUACACUUCCGCUGGUUACCUAAGAGAUGGGUGCGUCUGUACCACGCCAGCGUGCUUUUCUGGUACUGUGUGUUCCUGAUGAGUGUGAAUGUUGAGUGAGCAGCUCAGGAUGGAGAUGGAGAGUUUGCCUGCACCUCUGAGGACUUUCUGAACCCAUGUCGGAGCCACGGUUUUAACUCAGUAGUAAAAUGCUACAGUAGCCUCAGCUGAAGGCACCGCUCUACAAAAGGAGCUUUAAAUGAGAGAAUCACAAGGCAAUGGACUGAUCGACUCAUCUAC